AUGAGCAACCGACCAAGAGGCCUGACGCAGAUCCCACUGGAUGUGGAGUACUUGCCUCACGAUCACUUGAUCAGUAUACUGCGAGCUGUGGUGAAUGAACGAGACGAGCUCUAUAUUGCUCUCCAGAACGAACAGGCCAAAUCCGCCUCCGCCGCUGCUGCUGCGGCUGUAGCAGCCGCUACGAAUUACCAGCAGCAUCACAACAAUCAGGGACACCACAAUCCAAACUCCACUGGCAAUCACCAUGAUCCCUUUGGCUUUCACUAUCAGGACCAUCAUCAUCACCAUCCUCCUCCUCUUCCGCUACCUCCUCCGGGCACGAACAACAAUAACAACCCCGACGCGGCACCCACUGGCCCCGCGGCACCCACCACGGGCACCACCUAUCAUCAUCCACCGGCUCCGGCAGCCAACGAAAACGUGGCACAAAACAAUCACAUGGGCAAUAACAAUACAGUUCCAUCCUCUUUCAAAGUGGACACCAUCAAGAAACGAAUUGGCAAAAAAUCAUUCUUACUCGUCAAAAAGACGGCACACAACAAGGCCAAAAAACCAUGGACCGAACUCAACGAAGCCGUCCCGAAUGCCUCCUCGGCCAUGGCACUCUUUGACGGAUUUCCACCCAAAUCGGACACGCAUCGAUUGACCAAGUGGGAGCUCACAGGUCCAGAAGUCAUUGAAUGGUUGUCCACUCCAUCAUCCACCGUCAACAAGUACAUUCAUCCCGUCAAAUUCGAUGGCAAAGUCAUUGCCUUUGGGGGUGCCAAACCUUUUGUCUAUGCUUGGGCCAGCUAUGAAUCUAUGCAGGCUCGAUUUGAUAAGAAGGGUUCUUCCCUAUCACUCAAAUUUCGAACCAAAAUGGUGGGAUCGGGACGACCCGUCGAAGGCAAAGAUGGGCCACCGUCGUUGACGUGA